ACUAAAAACUUUUCCCUAACAAAAGAAAAUCCCCCUUUUCUCUCUCUCCGCUAAAGGGUUUCUUCAGUGCCCCCCCCCCCCCCCCCGCGCGCGCAGAGAUUUGUGUUCUCCUUUUACACAGAUCAUCGAACAAUAAAAAUUACGUAUAAAUUCGUUCAGUGAAUCGAGCAUGAGCGGUGGUGAAGAGCUUAGCAUAGAAGAGCUCGCUUCAAAUCUCUCUACUUACCAAGAGCAGCUUCAACAGGUCAGAAAGCUGUUGGAUGAUGACCCUGGAAAUUCUGAAUAUGCAGACAUGGAGAAAGAGCUUGUAGAGGUGAUUUCGUUGACCAAAGAACUCUUAGAAACAGCAAGACAAAGUGAGAAUGCUGGAUUAGAUAUCUUGACAAGUCUUGAUGCCUCUCCUAGUUUCAAGCAUGCAAGGCUUGAUUCUCAGCUUGAUAAUGAACCAAGAAACAUGUCUGACCUUUCUGACAAGUUUCCAGUUGGUACCAAAGUUCAGGCAGUCUGGAGUGAAGAUGGGGAAUGGUAUGAUGGAACAAUUGAGGCAAUAACUCCAAAUGGGUAUUUUGUUCGCUAUGAUGGGUGGGGUAACAAGGAAGAGGUGGAUCCUGAUAAUGUUAGAGCAAUUCAAGAAGGGGUUGUUAAUGCUUUGCUGGAAGCUGAGAAGGAAGCUGAGGCUACCAAACAAGCUAUCAAGCGGAAGAUUGCACAAGCUGCCGUUGUUGACUUCCAGUCACGAACUUUACCAGAAAAGCUUCGUAUAGAUCCCAACGACCCUGAAGAUGUGAAAGCUACCAAACGCAAAAAGAUACAUGCUUUUAAGUCAAAGAUGAGGAUGGAACAACUUGAAGUCACUCAGAAUAAAAGACAAAAUGCCUGGCAGCAAUUCCAGACAUCCAAAGGCCGUGCUAAGAAGAUUGGUUUCUUCUCUGGACGCAAGCGGGAGAGCAUCUUUAAGUCCCCAGAUGACCCAACUGGGAAAGUUGGUGUAACCGGAAGUGGGAAAGGUUUGACGGAUUUCCAGAGGAGGGAGAAGCACUUGCAUCUGAAGGGCGUAAAUGCUGAGAGUAGCGACGAUUAGAUAAUUCAGUCGGUCGGAGUACUGGCUUACGUUAUUAUGUAUCUGCUUAUUGAGUCUGAACUGGUUAAGUAAUUUAGCAGGGAAUAGUAAUUACGGGAAGUGCAUUGUACACCGUGAGGAUUACUGGACUUCAGAAGUGGAUUUCUUAUUUUCUGGUUUC